AUGAUUUCCAACAAAUUUUUCAUUCAACACUUCUUAAUUCUUGUGUCUUCAGCCAUGUUUAAACACAUAGUGAAAAGCCUGAAUCGUACACCAAUUAGGACCUCAGCAUUGUCAUUGGCUCGUAUAGCGACGAUCCGACAUCAACCCCGUUUUCACACGAGUGCCACUCUCCUAGCAGCGAAAAAGAAUAACAAGUUUAAAAAGGCUCAAAAGCAACAAAAGAUACAAUUUGAAGAUGACAAGAUUCAAGCCGAAGCAGAAACAGAGGUUGUCACUCCAACCAUAGAUUUCAAAGAAGCCACUGCUAAAUUUGAAUCGAUUAUAUCAAAAUUUGAGAAAUUAGCAAAUGAGAUAAAAUUGGGUAAAUUAAAUCCCAAGAUCUUUGACAAUUUGCUUGUGAAUAUUGGCAACCAGAAAGAUGUUGAAGAAGUCCCAUUCAACACAAUUGCACAGACUUCAGUCAAGGGAAGAAACUUUAUCAUCACCUUGUUUGAUCCUCUGAAUGCUCAAGCUAUUAUCAAUACAAUUAUUGGAUCAGGGUUGAACAUGAGUGGAGUCGUUGAUCCUACUAACAAGUUCAACAUCAAGGUUCCAUUACCUCCAAUCACAUUAGAGACUAAGCAAAAUGACGUAAAGUUAUUAAAAGAGUUGUUUGACAAAUUGAGAAAUAACAAAACUGGAUCAUUAACAUCAGUUAGAGGUGAUAUUAGACACAAAUUUCAAUCGCAUUUGAAAACCCAUAAAUUGUCGGAUCUGGAAAAUAAACAAUUGAGUCAGUUGGAGAAACUACACAAGUUGUAUGUGGACAAACUACAAGAGUCCUUUAAGAAAUUUGAAAAACGUAUAUUGCAAUAG